AUGGCAAAAACAAAAAAGUAAUAAAGUGAGGAGGGACGUAAGAAAACUUAAGAGCAAUAAAAAUGGAUUAAGCAAAAGGAGACUUAGAACUUGAAAAUUAGGAAGCUUGAAUUAGAGAGACAAAUACAGCAAUAAAAGGAGUCAGAAUUAAUUAAAAAUAUUGUCAGACACAACAAACUAAAAUAAGAGAGAGCAUAAUCACAAAUUAAAUUGAGAAUCAGAUAGAAAUCAAACGAAGAACUCAGAAAUAAGGAAUAUUCAUAAUUAUUAGAAGUUGAAUGUCAAAAAAGAAUAUAGACAGAAUAAUCCAUUCAAAAACUAGAGUAGAAGGAAUAAUUAUUGAUUUAAGAACUUUAAACAUCUUAAUAGUUAAGUUCGACCUACUCUCGUUAAUUGGAUCCUAGAAAUAUUACUAAAAUUAGAGCAAAGUCGUACUAUUUCUAAUGA